AACAAAAGUAUUAUUGUAAAAAUAUUUUCACAGUCAAUAUGUAUGGAAUUAUAAUAUGUGAGAUAUAAGUGUUACGCGAUCGAUCGCGUUAAUUUAAUUACGUUAAAAUUGUGGUUAUAAAAUAAAAUAUUUAGAUUAAACAUGAAUAAGGAAGAAGAUAAACAAAUUAAUGUAUCAAAAGUUAUUGUAGGUGACAAAAAUGACAAUAAUAAUUCGCAACAAAUUUCUUUAAAUGAAGUAGAUAAAAAUUUAGAAGAAGAACUGUUGUAUCAUGUAGCAAAAAGUAAGGCAAUUUUUAAGAGUCAACAAAAAGAUGAACCAGAUUUAACUUUUGAAGAAAAAUUAGUAAUUGCCCGUAAUAUACUUCAAAAAAGUUAUUGUUUAUUUUUAUCUAAGUUUGGUCACUAUAUGAAGAAAGAACAUUUAAAAUUUUUUGCAAAAAGUAAAAAUGAAGAUUAUGAAAUUGCUUAUUAUUUUAACAAAUUACAAAGAUAUUUCAAUAGUUCAACAAGACAAACUGAUGUGAAAAAUAGAAGAUACCAAGCUUUAAAGACUUUAAUAAAAGAAGGAGAGUAUUUCAGUGAAUCUGAGAUGAUGAAAAGAAAUCCAUUGUUAUAUGAACAUUUAAUUGGACAAUAUAUGACCGAAGAACAAAAAAGACUUAGAGAUAAUAUAGAUACUAAAAAUAUUACUUUUGUGAAUUUAUUAAUGGAAAAUAUUGAAAGGGAUAAUUUAAAGAUGAAACAAAAAUUACAAGAGGAAGAAGAACAAAAUGUACUGGAGGAAAAUGAUACAGAUGAAGAGCAAGAAAUUGUGUUUGCUUCAAAAAAUUAUGGAGAAAAAGCUACAUAUUGGGCCAUAAUACCUAUUGUAGAGAAUAAAGUUCAACAUAAAAAUGAAAUAUUAAAAAAUCCGCAUUGCAUUUCAAAAUCCCAAAAGCAAGUACUUAAACAAGAAUUUGUAACAAAUAUGUACCAAAACUUUUUGGAUGGAAAAGAUAUAGAUUUUGAUUAUAGCACUGUUGAUGAAAAUGAAGCAUAUGACAACAUAGAUUUAAGAACACAGGAUGAAGAAGAUAAAUAUUUUGAUUCAGAAUCACCUGAAACUAUAGGUUCAACUGAAAAUACAAAUGAAAUUGAGAGUGAGGAUGAAUUGGAUAUUUAUAUGAAAUCAUUGAAGGAGCAGGUUGCCACAGAUAAGCUCUCCUUGGAUAAUUUUGUACAUAAUGAAUAGUAUAUCAGAUAUAAUCUUGUAUAUGUAAAAUAAUUUAGAUGUAAUGUUUUUAAUAAAAAUCUAUAAAAACUA